AUGACCCAAUUUCCUCCAAUACCACGGCGCUGGCUUUCUUUGGUCCUGGUACAGUUAAACGAUUACCAAUGCUUUGGUUGCCAUGAGGAAGAGAGGCUUGCUCUUUUGAAACUCAAAACAUCUUUCUAUCCGGACGAGAGCUAUGCUCCUUCUUCUUGGGAGGAUAACGAUAGUGACUGUUGUGGUUGGGAAAAUGUGGUGUGUGACAAAGAAACGAAACGAGUAAGUAAGCUUUUUCUUAACAGCUCAUGGGAUCUCCGUGAAGUCUAUGAAGAUUUGUUUCUGGAUGCCACCCUUUUUCUUCCAUUUAAGGAUCUGACUUCCCUAAACUUGUCUUCAAACAUGUUUUCUGGUUUGGCUGAUAAUGAUGGCUUUGAAAGAUUGUCUAAACUGAACAAGUUGAGAUUCCUUGAUUUGAGCGGAAGUUACUUUCGUGACAGCAUCCUUGCACAUGUUGGAGCAAUCUCUUCACUUACUACUUUGUAUUUGGCUAAGAACUUAAUGACCGGAGUGACUCAUUUGCAAGAACUGGCUGCUCUGUCUAACUUGGACGAGUUGGACUUGAGUCUUAAAAAAUUGAGCAAACUGAAAGUCCUGAACCUAAACUCAAAUAAGCUCAACAUGAGUACUUUACUGUCUCUUGGGAAUCUCCAUUCGCUCAAGAGGCUUUAUAUCAACGAUAAUAGCUUGGAAGGAUCCAUUACUAUUGAAGGACUUAACAGUUUGAGAAACAUGGAGGUCUUGGAUGUCUCUUCCAGUAAUAUUAGCAGCAACUUUCUUCAGGUUUUAGACUACAUGAUAGGCUUAUACUUGCGUGAUAAUACUCUCAAUGGCACCACGGAUUUGCUUGGCUUGUGCAAACUUAGGGAUCUUGAAGAGUUGGAUCUCAGUCAUAACAGUUUCAAAGUUCUGGAUAUCUCUAGAAACAGGUUUUCGGGGAACAUCAGUUCAUCUUUCAUCUCUAGCCUCAUUUCCCUUGAGUUUCUUUCCCUUUCUCACAAUGUAUUCCAAAGUUUGGCCCCAUUUUCCUCAUUUGCUAACCAUUCUAAGCUUGAGGUCUUUGAGCUUAUCCGUGAUAACAAUGGAUUAAUGGUUGAAAUCGAUGAUCAUAAUUGGGUUCCACGCCUCCAACUGAAGAUCUUCCGUCUUUCAGGCUGUUCAGUUGAUGAAGGAUCCAUGUUCAAAUUUCUUUCUUACCAAUAUGAUCUUAGAGUGAUUGAUCUUUCUGAUAACAACUUGGAAGGAGAUUUCCCUACUUGGUUGAUGGAGAAUAAUACAAGAAUGGUAGAGCUAUAUUUGAAAAAUAAUUCUUUCAAAGGCCAAUUUCCUCUUCCAUCUCGUCCUAGCACAUUCAUCUCCGUUGUUGAUAUUUCCAGCAAUCAGCUUCAAGGACAUAUCCCAUCAAACAUAAGUGUCUAUCUCCCAAAUCUGAAACAUCGGAAUCUCUCAACGAAUUCCUUCAAAGGCAGCAUUCCUUCUUCAUUCGGUGAUAUGAAAAAUCUGCUCGCUUUGGACCUGUCAAACAAUUAA